UCUCUCUCUCUCUCUCUGUAGAUUUCGAUUCCUGUUUUCCUUUCGAGAGUUAUUGAGAUUGUUGAUGGACUGUUGUCUCCCAUACAGCAGAAUCCCCAUUGCCAAAGCUUCACCUUCUGCGGUGAAGUCUGGAGGGGAUUCCAAGGCUUUCUUAAGGUUCACCUCUGAUUUUUCCGACAAUAUCAGCUUCGCUUCCCAGAGAAGGAUCUGCGAUACUAGGCGUUUCGGGGGACGAAUCUGGUUCAAUGAUAAGAGAUCGAUUCGAACGGUAUUGAUUGCCGCUGCAAGUGCCGAAUCUAGUCACUGUGGAUAUAGAAAUGAAGUGGAUUGGCCCCUUGAGGCCAGGUCCUCUGCUGGGAAAUUCCUCACCAGUGUAUUGCAGAACCAACGCCACCUCUUCGAUGUUGCCGUGACCGAGCAAUUGAAUGAGUUAGCUGCCGAUAGGGACGGAGCCAUCGCCCGAAAGCAACACAGUGAGGGUUCACCUGAAUCCUGUCUUCACCGGAGGAUUGUUGAACUGAAAGAGCAUGAAUGCCAAAUUGCUGUUGAAGAUGUCAUGUACAUGCUAAUUGUUCGCAGGUUCUCUGAGAUCAAAGUUGAUAUGGUUCCAAGGCUCUCUAGAUGCAUCAAUAAUGGCAGAAUAGAGGGGUUGCUAUCAAAGGACAGGGAGCUCGAGUCCAUUUAUAGCAUUGAAGUCCUGGAGAUGGUUAGGGAACAUGUUUCCACUAUCCUUGGUUGGAGAGGAAAAUCUAAUAUCUCUGAAAAUUGGAUCAAUAGGACCACAACCCAGAUGCAAAGGCUUCAGCUUGGCCAAGUCUAUGCUGCCUCCAUUAUGUAUGGCUAUUUCCUGAAGUCUGCAUGCUUGAGACACAACCUGGAACGAAGUCUAGCUCUGACCAAUCAUGACUUUCCUCUUGGCCAUGGGAUUCAUGUUCCCAUUACGGAGUUUCAGUACCAUAGGUUGGAGAAUCUUGUUGCUCACAGCCACUCAAUUAACACUUGGGCCACCUCAUUGAGUCAUGUGUCAGGGAGGCAUUCUAGGAAGCAGGACAAGCUGAGAUGUUAUGUGAUGAGAUUUGACCCUGAGACAUUGCAGAGAUGUGCAAAAAUAAAAUCUCAAGAGGCAGUGAAUCUCAUUGAGAAGCACAGCUGGGCACUUUUUGGGGAUGAGAUGGGAGCCUUUGAGAGUGAUGAGGCUAUUGAUGUCACCUUUGCUAGCCUAAAGAGGUUUGUGUUGGAAGCUGUUGCUUUUGGUUACUUCCUCUGGGAUGUGGAAGGAUAUGUUGACAGUGUGUAUAGGCUCAAGGAGAGUUGUUUUUUACAAAAUUAGGAACUGUAGUGGGUCUUGGGAGUGGCUGCAAUCUCCUUUUACUAUUCAAAUAGAUUUCUUGGCCUGUUGGCUUCAAGGCGCCCCUCACAGCUAACUUACAGUUGAUGUAUAUAGAAGC